CACUGAUAGGCGGCACUGACUGGCACUGAUUGGCACUUAUUGGCACUGAGUGGCAGCACUGAUAGGUGGCCCUGACUGGCAUUGAUGGGUGACACUGAAAGGCAGCUCAGAUGGGCACUGAUAUGUGGCAUUGAUGUGCACUGGUAGGCACUGAAAUGUGUCAUUGCAUGGAUGAGCACUUACAGCUGGCACUGAUGGACACUGACAGGUGGCACUGCUGGGGCUACACUGAUCCUCAGGGCACACUGAUCAUCACUGUCAGAGUGACAGCUCAUGAGGAG